AUUGGCGGGAAAAAUUACGCGGGAGUGUGCAGGUAGGCAUGGCUACCUCACCUUUGAACAGAAAGAGAAGCUACUCCUCGUCUUCUAGCACUUCCAGCGGCACCAACUCCACGAGCAGCGAAGAGAUACAUCUCCCAGUUCCAGAAAGCAUCAAACUAGACGAUAAUUCUCCAUCAUAUAAUGAGGAGAGAAGAUUUUUAGAGAAAAGUAGUACCUCUACCACUGAUUCUGAUCAUGAUAGUGUUAGUGACUGGGAGCCAGAGAAGAAGAAGCGGAAAAGGGCACUCUAUGAUGAUAACGAGGGGAAGAACAAGCCGGAACCAUCUUAUAGUACCUUUUCUUUGAAAAUGAUGGCUAGUAUGGGCUAUAAACCUGGACUAGGUCUCGGGAAGACUCACACUGGCAUUACUGCUCCUAUUGAAGAGUCUCUACAGAAAGGACGAAGGGGGUUGGGUCUUUGUCUGGAGGGACUGGAGAAGGAAGACGUCAAAUGGGAACAGGAAGAAGUUGAUUGUCAUCAGGUUCCAGUAUGGCUGCCUCCUUGUGAAGAACCAGUACUGACUGACGACGAUAUACAUGAAUGGAUCACCAUUGGAGCAAGGAAGACGACAAUUGACGAUGAAACAUUAUACUGUGAUGAAAAAGUAUUAGAAAAGAUCCUACAAUCCAAAACUGUGUUUGAUUCUCUUGAUGAUAAAGAGUUUCUUGAGGCAAGACAGAGAGCUAAUCCUUUUGAGACGAUAAAGGGAGCAAUAUUUCAAAACAGAGCUGCCAUGAAGAUGGCUAACAUUGACUCAGUCUUUGACUUCAUGUUCACCAAAGGAUUUAAACUAUCUCCUAAUGAUGUACUUUAUUUUGCUGAUAUCUGCGCUGGUCCUGGUGGUUUUUCUGAGUAUGUAUUCUGGAGGAAGAAAUGGCAUGCUAAAGGAUUUGGAAUGACAUUAAAAGAACCCGACUCCGGUUUUGAUUUCAAACUGGACAGUUUCAUUGCUGGUCCUUGCGAGACUUUUGAUCCUCAUUAUGGUGUGGGUGGAUACUCUGGCAACGGUGACAUCACAGAUCCUAAUAAUUUAGAAGAAUUCCAGUCGUACGUACUACAGAACACAGAUAAUACCGGAGUCCACUUUGUAAUGGCUGAUGGGGGUGCAUCAGUAGAAGGCCAGGAGAAUAUUCAAGAAAUAUUAAUGAAGCAACUGGUACUGUGUCAAUACUUGUGUGCUCUAUCCAUACUGAGAACUGGUGAGACAAAAUAUGAUAAUGCUGACAUU